GCAUUUAAUGAAGGUUGAAUCUAAACUCUGCAGGGCUGUGGCAUUGUCGUUAAAUGUCGAUAUAGCAUCUGACACCAUGAUAUUGUCACAUAAACAACAACAAAGCCCUGUGAUCAAAAAUAAAUGUGACUGAAUUUGUACAGUGGCACCAAAGCCCUACAACAAGCAGAGAGUUUUCAGUCUCAUUGUGUUCAGACUUUUUUUUGCCAAACAAGAUGCUGUGGAAAAUCAUCCUGAUCACCUUGCUGAUAUUCUCAGCUUGUGCUCAACACUGGGAAAUGCACAAAGAAGAAUCUAUUGGAAAUGAACUUGAAGAAAGCUCUGGUGAGAUACAAACAGAACAACUUCCUGGAUUGUGCUGGGCUUGCAAGUGGGCCAUGGGGAAGCUGAAAAAACAAAUCUCCAAUGGGACAACUGCGGAUGAAAUUAAAAAUAAACUCGGCACGACCUGUGAUCAGAUUGGCUUCCUGAAAUCACUGUGUAGGAAGUUUGUGAACAAGUACAUGGGCACUCUGAUCGAAGAACUUUCAACUACUGAUGACGCCAGAACCAUCUGUGUUAACAUUGGUAUUUGCAAGUGAUAAGAAUGAAGUUAAUGGCUUUUUAAAAGUUAAGGAAUCCUUGAUAAAUUGAAGAAAUGCGCAAGGCUUUUUUGUUUGUUUGUUUCUAAAGGGCUUUUCACACUGUACUUAACCCUGAGUUACUGUCAUUCUAAACUCAAUUUUUAACCCCGGGUAAAGGAAUGUUUUACACUUGUAAUUUAGAAACUGAGUUAGAACCACUUUUUAAAACAAUGCGGUGUUAGAAUGUUACGUUAGACAGUAACAGAAACUAUGUGCAGGACUGUGCUGCCUUCAUAUGCUAUCAGAAAUUUCCUAUUUCCCACUUAUGAAGUCGUGAUUACGAGCUUGUCGUAUUCAAGUGCUUUAAUGUCGGAAAGAAUAAAAUGUAGCAUUCCAUUGGUUGACUAUCAUAAACAUUCACCGCGCUACACAUGCAGUUGACUGACAAUUCUGGAAUGUCAGUCAAAUACAUGCUUAUUUCAAUGCUUAUAAAACAUACAAUAUGCUUCAAAUGAUCGUUCAUAUCUGGCCUAUAUAUACACAACUUUAGCGACAAGAUAAAGGGAUGUAGUUGUUGACAGCAGCAAAGACCCGCCCAACUCGGAAACUCUGGUAUCAAAAUGAUUUCAGAAUUUCCCAGUAGUGAAUACGAAUUGAGAGGCGUUCACAUCUAAUUUCCGAUUAGAAAACGUGUAUUUACGAUAAUUCCGGUAGCACAUGAAGGCAGCAUUAACCAAUGAGCGAGGUAAGUGGCCGCUUAGGGCCCAGGGUAAUCAAGGGGCCCCAUCUGAUAUUGGCGAAACAUAUUUGGCAAACGCUACAGUGUGUAUGCCUAUUUGAGUUGCUUUCCAGAGGAAGAGAUCUUUAACAGACAUUUUGCAGACGUGUGCCUGUACUAUCUGGGUACCGUAUGCCUUUAGUACAUUUGGAGUAUGGAACAAGUUGGGAUAAAUUUAUAUUUGAAUCCUUUUUGUAAAAAAGAUUGAAGAAGGUUACAAUCCAUUAAAUGGACAUGUGCAAGCAUUUUUUUUUAUAUAUAUAUAAUUUCUUCUUUUGUGAUCCGAAAAAAAUAAGCAGUAUAUCUUCUUUAUGUUCAACAGAAGAAAGAAACUCAUACAGGUUUGGAACAACUUGAGGGUGAUUAAUUUUGGGUGAACUAUCCCUUUAACUAUUUUAAGUGUGAAAAGCCCUUAAGCUUUUGCUUUAGCUGGGAAAGUUGGUGAAAUUCUGCAAUAGAGCUAAGGAUGCGAGUAUUGUGGUUUUGAAUAUCACAGUUUUUUGCUUAUUUGUUGUGUACACUCAACUUUAGACCCCUUUUUUGCAUUAAACUAAAAUGUGUAAAAAAAAA